AAAUGUACAUCAUCACCAUCGUCUACAUGACAGUAAAUGGAAGACGGGAGGCUCAGUUUUUCUGUCCAGUUCUCAUCCCGGGGUCCGGACAAGAGUGCAACCUUCCCAGUGAACAGCGUCUCCCCUGCGGACCCGGCUCUGUAUCCCAGCCACAGUGCCUCUCCAUGGGCUGCUGCUUCAGCAAGCAGCCCCCUGCCUGCUACUACCCCAUAGAUGAGUGCACUAUUGACCGCCACUUUGUCUUCUCCGUGCCCGCCUCCCUCACGGACCCCCCUCUUUCCCCUGCCCUGCUUGUCACUGCUGGUAACUCCACCUGCAAACCUCUGAGAGUGACUUCAGACUACGCCUUGUUCAAGAUCCCGAUGGAUGGAUGUGGGACACGCAGAGUUAUGGUGGGGAAAACCAUGAUCUACAUCGUGGAGGUUAUCAACAAGGUUCAGGCAAUCAGUCUCAACUAUGGCACCAUAACAAGGGAUUCGCCUGUGAGGUUGUUGGUGGAGUGCAGGUAUCUGCCUAGCCCUGUUCUGAGUGUGAGCUACAUGGUUAAAAGUCCCACUCUAGGACCUGCAGUUCAGACACAGGGGGUGUUCGGAGUCCAGCUCAGGAUUUCCAAAGACGCCCAGUACAGCAGCUACUACCCUCAGUAUCACCAGCCCCUGCAGAUACUGCUGGGUAAACCCCUCUACCUGGAAGUACGGCUGCUCAACACCCCGGAUCCCAGUUUGGUGCUGCUGGUGCACUUCUGUGUGGCUUACCCCCGCUCAGGAAAAGCUGUGUGGCUGCUGCUUUACAACGGGUGUCCCAACCCCUUGGACCCAGCCCUGCAGCAGGCUGUGCUGUUUGAUCCUCGACCGCCCUCUCCGCAGGCUCAGACCCGCCGCUUCACCAUCAGCACCUUUCAGUUCCUUCCUGAUGGUGAGUUCAAGGACCCAGACGAAGAGAUCUACUUCAUGUGUUCAACCGAAAUCUGCUCGCCACGUGAUGGGCCUUGUGUCGAGGGAUGCUUUGGCCAGUGAUGUUACAACAUGGAAGAUGCUUGAAGUUGGUGGAAAUGAUGAUCUG